AUGCCAACCAGCAAAACGGUUCACUCGGAUGGGCAAUAUCUACUCUAUCUCUCAUACGUUUUGCAACAUCUCCAAGCUUUUCAUGGCUUCUAUGACUUUAAUUCCGCUAAAUUUAACUUUAAUAAUUACCAAGGCCGCCUAAGAGCCAAUGAGGAGAUGGCCAAUAUGCUAAUUGAUGGAGGAAAAAAAUUUAAUAUAAGGAAGCGGAAAAAGACCAACAAGAACAAACGUAGAAAAAGAAAGCGUCGAAAAGGACAAAAAACAGUAGAAGCAAGGAACAAAGCAGAAAAUGCCAAUAGAUGGACUGCCGCAGCAUUUUCCGAAGACCGCACCAAAUUCCCUCUGAUUGUUUUCGGUGACGGUAUGCGCAACAAAGAUAAUGUUCAUUUUAAAGGGCAUUCAUCCGGCGUCACCGGAAAACUCUAUCGUACUCUCUUAAGAAGACAGCGCUACUUUCUUGCUGCGGUGGUGGACAUCAACGAGUUUAAAACCUCAAAGGUUUGUAACAAUUGUAAUGGUGUCGAAAUGAAAGAAGUACGAAUUUCGGACGGCUCCAGCGUCUAUGGUACCAAGAUCUGCAAAACCUGUGGUAUAAUAUGGCAAGAGACGUCAAUGCGGCCAAAAAUUUGCUUACUAUUGCAAAUUCCGUAUGGGACCACAAUGGCCGCCCCGACAUUCUCUCGCCAUCGCCAUAAGGAAAAUGGUGCUGCAGGUUCUAUACCGACGGCUUAA